AUGUUGCUUGUCGAUUGCAGUCAAAAGGUCAUUUUCAUUGCCAUUUUCAUUGCCAUUGUCAUUGCCAUUGCCAUCCACUGCCAUCCACUGCCAUCCACAUUGCCAUCCACUACUCGCGCUACUCGCACUCACUCACUCAUCCACAUCAUCCACAGCAUUAUCACCUCCGAAAUCGUCUCCAAAAUCAUCUCCAAGAUCGUCUCCAAGAUCAUCUCCAAAAAUCGUGGUAGCAGUAGUAGCAGUAGUAGCAGUAGCAGUAGUAGCAGUAGCAGUAGCAGUAGCAGUAGCAGUAGCAGUAGUAGCAGCGGUAGUAGUAGUAGGGGAUAA